AUGAAUUCAAUUCGCAAUUUACAAAUUAUAACAGCUUUGGACUCCUUGAGCUAUGGAUUAUUAUAUCGGUAUUUUCCAGAAGCUACCAUAAUCAAUCUAGGAGGCACAAAUAUCACUGUAGCUUAUUACUUGACUGGAGUGUUUGUUGCGAAUUUUUUUGCACCCCAAAUAUCAACAAUAAUGACUGGCCAUUGUAAUGGAAAAAAACAAAAACUCUUUUUCUCGCUCACACUAACGAUGUUCACUAAAGUAAUGAUGGCAAUAACACGAAGUUACUGGACCCUGAUAUUUAUGAGGCUGGUAUUCAGUGCCAUCGACCAAACUCAACAUUUUUGUUUUAACCUUCUUCAGGAAAAGGAGCAAACUGAAAAUAGGCAUCUCAAAGGGAGUUUUCAAUUAUUAAACUUCACUGUUUUGAGCGGGUCUGGGUUUAUUAUAGGGCCGAUUAUCAGCGGAUUUUUUUUUGACAUGAAGCACGGAUUUCGAAUUAUCACAAUGCUGGCUGCGUUGCUAACUUUGACCAAUAUUAUUCUAUUGGGAAAAAUUGAUGAGGAUUGUCUUUGUAAUAGAAGUUAUUGUGAACGAACAAGUUCAUUUACAACAAAACCGGUGUCUGAUGGAACCCGUGAAUCUUUAAAAAAGGCCAAACUUAGCAAAAACUGGGACAUUAUUCUUAUACAAUUUUUAUUUGCCUCUAGCUAUUUGAUUUUUAGUAACGAAUUUCCUAAAAUUAUGAGCUACAACUAUCAGGUCACUAGUUCUUUUGCUAUAGGGUCAACUAUUGCUUAUAUGAAUACUUUGGUAUUUGCUUGUAAUAAAUUCGCAUCUAAUGUGAUGAGAAAUAUUGAUAAUUACCCUAUAAUAUUUGCUAGUGAAUUGCUUUUUUUCAUAACAACAACAUUCAUGUUUCUAGUUUGUUAUGCCCCUACUUAUGAGCUAUUUUUGCUUCUACUACCUCCAAUUGUAUUUCUCCAUAGUUUGAUAAACGCAGCUAUAUGGGAGGGAUUAUAUGAAGAAAGAAAUAACGAACAUUUGAAUAAACUGAAUAAUAAUGACCUGGCCCUUGAUCUAGCAGGCUUUACAAUACCAAUAUUGUUUGCUGUUGCUCAUAACAGAUUUAAACAUAACGCCGUGAUAAUUUUUACUUUUAUGCCUUUACUAAUGUGUUGGCUUGUUACCAAAUUUUAUUCGAGGUUUUUGAAAAUUGAAGAUGCGCAAUGCGUUGUUAGAGACGUUAAUGAUGUAUUAUUCUGA